AUGUGUAGCAAAAUUCGAGCAGUACUUUCAACUUUAUCAGAUCUUCAAUAUAUGAUUUCAAUGUUUUCUUAUACAAAUUUGUCUAAUAAUAAUUUAGGAAAAGAAGAUUCUAAACGAAUUAUUAGAAAUAAAAUUGGGCAGGCAGUCUCUUUAAAAAAUAUGCUGGAUGCUGUUGAAAAACUUGGUUUUAUUAUGUCACAAUCUAGCUUGUCAUUUUUUGUUGAAAAUAAAAUGGUUUUCCUUUUAAUUAAAAAAUUUUUUAAAAAUUUUGUGCGAACUCGAAAUUUCGAAAUUUUUUUGGAUCUCGAAAUUUCGGAAAAGAAUUUUGAACUCGAAAAAUCGAAAAAUUUCGAGUUCUUUCGAUUUUUUGAGAUUUGUUAA